CUGGCGCAGGCAGCGUCAGUAUCGUCGGCUGCGGGAGCGCGGUGUCGCCUCAGGAUCCCGGGUCGCUGCGGCUUUGGAGUGUUUUACUCUGAGGAUAGUUGUGACCAUGCGCUAACUUGCAUCGUGUCACAGAGCCCCCUAAGAGCAUCCUCGCAUCGCCUCAGUGCCUCCCACGGGGCUCUGCGCAGCAGGCCGCACUAUUGUACCGGACGUGAGUGAGAGAAGCCAGACGCCGAGGCGGUAAUUCAACAGGACUCGUGGAUAGUGGAGUAAGGUCGCUGUAUUUGAACUUCUGCUCUAACCCAGGCUGACGGUAACGUGGUCAAAGGGACAGAACCAUGGGCUAGGAGUCUCCGGAGCAGAGUUACUGUCACUUGGAGUGACUCGGCAGGGCGCUUCACCUGUCACGACCUCAGUCUCCCUGUGAAUACAGUUGCUGGGGGGAGUGGGGCAGGAAUUGGACUAGGGGAUACCAGGUGCUUUCCUACCUUCUGUUUGCAAGGUGAGUUUAAAAAUAACCUAUGAUACAAGGAUAUUUAUUCAGCUGCCCAAACACCUACUUCUUUAUCUCAUUUACUAAUUCAGUUUUUUAACUUUACUAGUCAAAAGGGGUAAGAAGUAUAGAAUCAAGACUGAGCAGCAUUAUGGGUCUGCGUGAAGAAACAUCGUUGAAGUACAGGUAUUCACUGUUCGUCCUCUUCCUGGUUGGUGGUUUUCCGUAGGCGUGAUGUCACAUGGGGAUGAUCCGCAAUCACGGGCUCUGGCCAAACCCACCUUCAGUGAUGUACAAGCCUCUGCGUUCGUGGAAUCGGUAUUUGGGUUAAAAGUCUCCAAGAUCCAGCCACUUCCUAGCUAUGAUGACCAAAACUUCCAUGUGUGCAUUUCAAGUACCAAAGACACUACAGAUGGACCAACUGAGUACGUCCUCAAAAUAAGCAACACAGAGUCCAGCAAAACUCCAGAGCUGAUUGAAGUGCAGAAUCACGUCAGCAUGUUUCUGAGAGCGGCUGGGUUCCCAACAGCCUCUGUGCGUCCUACCAUAGGAGGCAACCUCACCUCUCUCGUGGCCGUAGAUGGCGGCUCCGGAGUCGCAAGCUACCUGGUGAGGCUGCUGUCGUACCUCCCGGGGAGACCUGUCGCCGAGAUCCCCAGCAGCCCCCAGCUGCUGUAUGAUAUCGGGAGGCUCGCUGGCAAGCUGGAUGAGACCUUGCAGACAUUCCAUCACCCAGAGUUAAGUAGUCUUCGUCGGGAGAACUUCAUUUGGAAUCUGAAAAACGUUCCUCUGCUGGAGAAAUAUCUGGAUGCCUUGGGCCAGAGCCGAAACCGGGAGAUUGUCGUGGAGGUCAUUCAGCGGUUCAAGGAUGAAAUCCUGACCAAGCUAAGUCACUUUCGAGAAUGUAUCAAUCAUGGAGAUCUUAAUGACCAUAAUAUUUUAGUGGAGUCCAGCACGUCAGCCUCUGGCGACACCUUGUACCGAGUGUCUGGGAUCUUGGACUUCAGCGACAUGAGCUGCGGCUACUAUGUGUUUGAAGCGGCCAUCACCAUCACGUAUAUGAUGAUUGAGAGCAAGAGUCCCGUACACGUGGGAGGUCACGUCCUUGCAGGGUUUGAGAGCGUCAUCCCGCUGACGCCCGUAGAGAGGGGUGCCUUGUUUCUACUCGUGUGCGGCCGCUUCUGCCAGUCCCUUGUCAUCGCUGCGUACUCUUGCCAGCUGCACCCGGAGAACAAAGACUAUCUCAUGAUUACCGCAAAAACCGGGUGGAAGCACUUGCAGCACAUGUUUGACCUGGGUCAGAAGGCUGUGGAAGAAAUCUGGUUUGAAACUGCCAGGUCCUAUGACUCCGGGGUCCCCCUGUGACUCGGGGAAACUUCCCAUGAGCUCCGAUCAUGAAAAACCCAAGGGGACCAAAUCUAAUUCUACCAAGGAUGUCCCUGCACAGUGAGGAAUGAACAGACGGAACAGACCAGUGCGCAUGAAAGCACAAAGGCCUUCAAGCAAUCUCAUGACCACUCCUUAAAUUUACAGAAGUGCCCCCUGAGCAGGCACGUCUCUCUGGGGGUCCUGCUUGCCUCAUGUAUAAAACAUGCGAAAUCCUGUUUUGAAUCAGAUCAUGUCUCAAGAUCUAGUCCAGCCCUGAGCUCAGUGACUGUGCUAAACUUUGAAAGAAGCACAUGUAUAUGGAUAGAUUCACGUAUUUUAAACAAUUGGGCGUAAUUCAGGGACCUGGUGAACAUAGCACCAAUUCCGUGAAGCCUCCUCCCAUUUCUCCGUUUCUCUAGAACCCCACACCGUACUCUGUCUUUUUGAUGGCACGUCAGUUGGUAGUGUGGAUGAUGACCUAAGAGCUAUUCGAGGGCGGAGACUACAUCAAACUACUUUUUGUCUCUUGUCCCGUUUUUUAUACCUGAUAUGUGCUUUCCCGUGGUUUUAAAAGAUAUUUGCAAAAUUAAUGUAUGCUAAAAGAAAGGUGUGAGAAGAUAAGGCACAGACUAAGAUACAGACAGUGUCCCUAAGAAAAAGUGUUCACGUGCUUGAGAGGGCAGUUGAAAUUGAACCUCUAGAGACGGGUGCUGGAAGAUGCUCGCCCUGCGAGGAAGCCAAGGCAGGCCUCCAGGCAGGGCCACGAACUCCUGCGUGAGCUUCCUAAACAGAACGGUUAGUUUUCAGAUGGAGACUAAGAAAGUCUCUAAACAGAUAUCUUAAAAUCGCUCUCAUUCAUGGUUCUUUUCAUAUGAAUGUGACCUGUAGCUCACCGUAAACUUGACGUUCUUUAUACCACUGUUUCUGUCACGGAUUUCUCUUCAUGUGUCCCUCAGGAUGAUUUAUUAAAUGGCUGUUUCCUUAUU